CUCUCUCUCUCUCUCUCUCUCUCAACCCCAGGCAUGGAAAACCCAACAAGGUUUUCGAGCUGCCGGGGGGUCUCUUUCGAGAUCCAUCCCAGCCAAACCAGCCCAUUUGCAGUCCCACCCCCGCCAGUGCCAGAUCGAGAUGGCAAGUGGGUUUGGUUUCCAUGGAACUCGAGAAGGAGCUCUUUCCGAGUAUUUCCGACGUCAGAUGCAAUUCAACGUUCCAUAAGUCGACAAAGCAGCCAUUUCUGUGAUCUAACCGAUGAUGAAGAUGAUGAUGAAGAUAACCAGAUAGAAGAAGAAGAAAAAGAAAACGACAUCGAGAAACAGAAACCUAAACAAGACCAAGAUGAUCUAAAACAGCCCAGCAAGAAAGAAAUCUCAGCUGUCAAAGCAAAACCACAGACAGAAUCAAGAUUGUCUGUGAUACUCCUAGACCAAGGUCUGUUUACAGUCUACAAGCGGCUCUUCCUCGUCUGCCUAACGCUGAAUAUAGUAGGCCUGGUUCUUGCCGCCACAGGGCAUUUCCCCUACGCGAGGCGGAAGACAGCCCUCUUCUCUAUAGGGAACAUACUCGCCCUCACGCUCUGCAGGAGCGAGGCCUUCCUCCGCCUCGUCUUCUGGCUGGCCGUCAAGGCGCUGGGCCGGAGCUGGGUCCCACUUCGCCUCAAGACCAUGACCACUUCAUUCCUCCAAUGCCUUGGUGGGAUCCACAGCGGCUGCGGGGUCUCUUCAGUUGCAUGGCUGAUAUACGCUCUCGUCCUCACACUCAAAUAUAGAGAAAAUACAUCGGAUGAGAUUUUAGCCGUUGCAUCGGCAAUCCUAUCUCUUCUCUGCCUAUCUUCCUUAGUGUGGUUCUUCAUCAUCCUCACCGUCUCCUACGAUCCAAUCUCCAAGUCCUAUGACAUCCGUGGCUCUCGGCUUAUAAAAGAACAAGAAUUCUGGUUCACUUCAGCCAUCACCCUUAUAAUAAUCCUUCCUUGGCUAACGGUCAGACGGGUCCCAGUCACCAUCACUGCCCCAUCAGGCCAUGCCUCUCUAAUAAGGUUCAAUGGAGGCAUACCGGCGGGAAUACUGGGCAGGAUCAGCCCUUCUCCCUUAUCGGAAUGGCAUGCAUUUGGUAUCAUUUCGGAUGGAAAGAAAGACCACUUGAUGCUUGCUGGUGCAGUCGGAGACUUCACAAAGUCUCUUGUCGCCGACCCACCGAAGCAUUUAUGGGUCCGGUCAUUGCACUUCGCUGGCCUACCGUAUCUCGUGAACAUGUACCAAAGGGUGGUAUUGGUUGCAACGGGGUCCGGCAUCUGUGUCUUUCUCUCAUUCCUCUUACAACCAUGUGCGGAAAUCAAGGAGAUGGUGAGCGGAUUUCCGAAAGAGAAGGUGAUCAUCCAUGACACGGCAGUCUCCGGCAGGCCAAACGUGGCAGAGAUGAGCAUCGACGCGGCAAAGAGGUGGAGAGCGGAGGUGGUCAUCGUCACCAGUAAUCCACAAGGGAGUAGGGACGUCGUGAAUGCAUGCAAAGGCGCUGGAAUAGCUGCCUUUGGGCCCAUUUGGGAUUCUUAA